CAGAGUAAGAAAACAAGCAACCCAUAAAAACGUUUGUAUUUACUGUUUAGAAGUUACGAUGCACUCUAAAUCCAUACCUUAUCAAUAACUUUCUUUUUAACGUUUAACGAGAAUGAACGUUAGGCCAAUGUGUUGAUAACUUUAUCCAGUAGUAGGCCUACCCUAGACUAAUCUGUUAUCUGUUAACUUUCCCUAAAUGUACACAUUUAGAGGGGGAUAAUCCACUAACAAGCUUUAAUACGCAUGUUGAUUUGAUUCAGAUAAUAAUAUAUCUGAUUCCGAAAACUACUUGCCCUUUAAAAGUGCAUCACAAACGGUCUAUUCCGCUGCGACGUUGACGCUACUCUCUCUUUACGUGGCUUCGCUGAGUGGUCAAGAUUUUCGGAAUGACCCGCCCUCUUCUGAAUAAUCUUCCAAUUCCUUCCAAUGUGAGCUUCGAAGCAACCAAGUUGAAACAAGCCAACUAGAAGUAGCUUAGCUUGAGAAAUGAAGUAGUUUAAUGUUGCUGCAAGAAUACAAAUAAGACGGAUUUUCGGUAAGCAGAAAUUUGUUCAUAUUUCUACAAGUGACUUAUAGUUCAUGUGUCGCUAGAUAACGUAUUUAUGGCUACACUUGCAAGGCUAUCGCUAUGCAGUUACCAUAGCCAAUGCUGCGUUCUAUAUAUGAUAACCUAAUGAAAUGUGUUCCAUCCAUAUGUUUUGAAACCUGCUUCUCAAGCUAUAACGUUACAUCUUGUAACACACCAACAAUGGAAGACAAUCAAAGUCAUCUGAGCGGGAAUACUGUUGUUAUUGACGCCGACUUGAGGGAUGAAACCUUUACAAAGCUUGUUGGCGAUUUCUUGGGACCUCAGUCUGGGGAGGACCUGGGCUUGGAUGACCAGCCAUGCAAGAACAGACUUUUGAUUCAAGUUGGACUAAUGAGGGAAGACAACCAGCUCUCCUGGGGGGCAGUGGUAGAAUGGCUUCAGAAGAUUUUUCCAAUGCAUCAGUCUGCAGAUUUCCAUGCUCUGAUUGAAAGAGGCAUAGCAACAACCUUGAGUUUAGGCACUGAAGCAAGGUUAACUUUCCUUGAAUCAAAUGUUAACUUUGACUUUGUUGGCCCAAUAUGUGACAGUAUUGGAGUAGGGAGAGCAGACCUGUUGGAGAUGAAGGAUUUUUCUGAGAGAGCAUCAUCUGUUGAGAUUACAAAUGGGUUGAUUCUUGAGUUGAGUAACUUUGUCAUCAGGGAAAAAGUUGACUCCUUAAUGUUGGUAUCUUGGCUUCGGAUUUUCAAUCCACUGUUCUGUAGGAAUGGCAAUGUUCAGAAAGCUAACAAAGUACUUAAGCCAAAAUUGAAAGAAAUAAGGCUUCAAUAUCGAAACUACAAUACAAACAGAAACAGGAGGAAUGCAAUGAUGGGAGAUUUCCUCCAAAGUCCUUUUGAACUUGUUUCACAUGACAACGGUGCAGGUAGCUUAAGUCAAAGAUUUGGUAUGAAUAAACGCAUGAAGAAAGGUCUUUUGUCAACACACAAGAGCAAGGAGCCAGAAGUAAAAGUCAUUAAAGAGGAAAGUGAGUGUGUUGACAUACAACCCAUGGUCCAAGUCAAAGAGGAAUGUGAUCUUUCCAGUGAUGAAGAACCCCAUGUGGUGCAAAACUCACCUGACCAGGUUGAGAAUCCAGAUGAAGGCAAAGGAGAAGCCUUAACACUGCUGGACAUAGCUAUGCUCUCUGUCCAAAAACUAACAAGUGUGUAUGGUGGGAAAACUGAUGCUUCGAAGCAAGUUUCCCUGGAUCUUCUCAAGAACCAGUAUAAUCUAACUUGUAAAGAAAACACAGCCAUGAAACAAUUUGAAGACAAAAUCACAGAGCUUAAAGAUUAUCACUCGCUAAUGUCUCCCUUACAUUUCCUACACUACAAUGCCCAUUUUCUUGUUGACUUACAUGAUGCAAUUGAGAAAGAGCUGAUGAGUUUCGAAAACAGGAUAACUCGCUCCACAGGAGAGAAACUAGGCCGUGACAGGAAUGCUAAAUUCAAGAGAUUUGUGAGCUUCUCUGAGAGUGCCACGUCUCGAUACGUCCACAUGGCUUGUGACGUGUUGAGCCCUCGAGCUCCUGCCAAGCAAAACUACAGACGACACUGGAUCGCCUUCUGUGAAGAGAAAAACAACCCCUCACAGCUGGCUGUCAACCGAUCAAAUCGGUUCAACAACUACUUUGAAGCCGCAGCGGGUCUCAUUCACCAUCACGGAGAGAUUUCCCUUUUCUUCUCUGACCUGCUGUUGCUUGACAAUGACGACUGCCCCAACAUCGUUCUGGAGAGUGUUGCAGAGGAUGCCAAUGAUGAGGUCAUUCAGGCCUUUGUAUGUGUACUCGCCAUCAUCUACUUGAAGGUCCUCGGGCCUUACUGGCAGCUGCUGAAGAGUAAAGCAGAGUACUCACUUUUCAGCCAGUACAUUCUCUGCCUCUACCAGAAGCUCCUGGAAUGGUCCAAGGAUCCCUCUCCACUUCUGGAGCCAGAGACCAUUGCUAACGUGUUCCUCCAGGUUCCUCUGCAAGAGAAGACCUUUGAUGAGGUGUUCACAUUCUGUGGAUCCAACUCAGAAAAUGUUCACCUGGACCUGAUACGGAGUUGUCUGCAGAAGAUGGUGAGAGUGAUCGCUGCUGUCACUGAAGAGAACCUCAGAGAGUUUUUGCCUGGAGGUGAAUAUUGCCAAAAGCCCUCCAUGGAGCUCUCCUCGAUGCUGACCACCUGCACAUUCUACACCUUGAUGGGUGAGUACCCCUUCGGUCAUGCUUACCCAUACAAAAGGAAAAGACCGGACAAGAUCACCAAUCUGCAGUCAAGUAGCUGUUAUGAAGAUGACAAGGACAGCCCUUGUUCUUCAGAAGAUGAGUCUCCCAGUAGAUAUGCUGGGGCCCAAAGAAUACAGAAAGGUACCCCUUUGGUGAAUUCCCCUCCCUCCAAAAGACCGCGUGGCAAAGUUGUAGGCGUGUGGAAAGCCAAAAGAAAUGAUCUGGCCCAUAGGAAAAACCUGAGUCCUGGAGAGGGUUCCGUUGGAAGCCAAAUCUUGUCAGCUGUGGAGAAAAAUGGAGGACCUUGCAAAACCAAACAAGAUGUUGACAGACUUCUGUCAACACUGGAGGGGACAAGACUUUUUCAGAAACGGGAGGCAAUACGCUGCCAAAUCGGUUAUCAAAAAUGUGUCAUUGGCUGCAGAGACCCCAGCUUGCAUCUUGUUAACUUUUCCCUCUCAAACAUGAUCUCCAAACUGAAAAAAGUGCUGCCUGAUGAGGGUGUGAAUCAAACUGAUGCUUCAGACCAAGCGAAGAGUUACGGGGAUUCAAAUGAGGGGCCGAGUGUUGAGACAUCCAUAACCACAGAUGGUCUGUAAAGUCAGUUACAUUUUUCAGUCUGUCCAUCUUUGAACAAAAAAUGUAAAUUUAACUUUUAUAUGUUAAUCUCAAUUAUCUGUAACCUGUAAAAUGUGAAGCAAUGGAAUUUCAUAAUUGAUCAGAUAAUUAAAGACCUUUUCUUUACUUGACUUAUUACUCACUGGAAACCAUGACCCAGGAUAGGCUUCUGUACUGUAUAGAUACUGAUGAGAAAAGGCACA